GUUAAUUUCGGUUGGGUGUUCGAAAAUCCAAAGUCGUGUGAGUGUGAAGUAAAAAGAGAGAGAGAGAGAGAGAAACACAAACAAAACCCUUUUCCCUCUUCGUUCGUUCUUCGUUCUUCACACUCUUGUAAUUCCAAUUCUCAACCUCGUUUCGUUUCAUUUCGUUGAACUCCAUGAACGAGCACUGAAACGACACAGACCAACUGUCGUUUCGAUACAGAGGAAAAUCAUGGCUCACAAGCCUCACCUGCAGCAGCUCAGGGACCUGGGAUCCAAGCUCGACAACCUUCCUUCCUCCAAAGACGCUCUCAUCAAGCUCUUAAAGCAAGCAACAGCAUGCCUUGCUGAGUUGGAUCAGUCACCUUCCACUUCAAUAUUGGAUCCGUUGAAGCCCUUUUUUGAUUCCAUUGUUAAGCCAGAAUUGCUGAAGCACCAAGAUAGGGAAGUCAAGCUUCUAGUUGCAACAUGUAUUAGUGAGAUAACUCGGAUCACUGCACCUGAAGCUCCUUAUGGUGAUGAAAUUCUAAAGGAUACCUUUGAGUUGAUUGUGGGCACUUUUAGUGGUCUAAGCGAUACCAACGGUCCAUCCUUUUCCCGUAGAGUUGGUAUAUUGGAGACUCUUGCAAGAUAUAGAUCAUGUGUUGUGAUGUUGGAUCUUGAAUGUGAUGAUCUGGUGACUGAAAUGUUCAGUACUUUCUUUGCUGUUGCCAGAGAUGAUCACCGAGAAAGUGUUCUGUCAUCCAUGCAAACUAUAAUGGUGGUUCUCUUAGAAGAGAGUGAGGAUGUCCCCGACGAACUUUUAUCUAUUCUACUAUCUACAUUAGGUCGUGAAAAAAAAGGUGUUACUAAGGCUGCAAGGACACUGGCUAUGAAUGUCAUACAGCAAUGUGUGGGGAAACUUGAACCCAACAUUAAACAAUUUUUGCUAUCAUUGAUGUCUGGAGAUAGAAAGCUAGUGGACAGUGAAGUUGAAUACCAUGGAGUUAUCUAUGAUCUGUAUUGCUGUGCUCCUCAGAUUCUAUCUGGAGUUCUCCCUUAUGUGACUGGAGAGCUGCUGACUGAUCAGUUGGAGACCCGUUUGAAAGCAAUGAACUUGGUUGGCGAUAUAAUAUCUGUUCCUGGAACUUCCAUUCCUGAAGCAUUUCAGCCUAUAUUUUCAGAAUUUUUAAAGAGGUUGUCUGAUAGAGCAGUUGAGGUUCGCAUGUCUGUUCUUGAGCAUGUAAAGAACUGUUUGCUGUUAAAUCCUUCAAGAGCUGAAGCUCCUCAAAUAAUAUCUGCCCUUUGUGAACGGCUGCUGGAUUUUGAUGAAAAUGUUCGAAAGCAAGUUGUGGCUGUUAUCUGUGAUGUAGCAUGUCAUUCCCUAAGUGCAAUUCCACUUGAAACUGUUAAACUUGUUGCUGAGCGGCUUCGUGAUAAAUCUCUACUUGUUAAAAAGUAUACGAUGGAGAGAUUGGCUGAAGUGUACAGAGUUUUUUGUGAGAAGAGCUGUGGCACAGUCAAUUCCAAUGAAUAUGACUGGAUUCCUGGAAAGAUCCUUAGAUGUUUAUAUGACAAAGAUUUCAGAUUUGAUAUUAUUGAAGCUGUUAUAUCUGGGUCCCUGUUUCCAGCAGAGUUCUCAAUUAGUGAUAUUGUUAGACUUUGGGUUGAGAUCUUCUCUGGAUUUGAUAAAGUGGAGGUCAAGGCUCUUGAAAAGAUACUGGAGCAAAAACAAAGGUUACAGCAAGAAAUGCAAAGGUAUUUGUCUCUGAGGCAGAUGCACAAGGAUAAAGAUGUUCCUGAGGUCCAAAAAAAGAUUAUUUUCUGUUUCAGAGUAAUGUCCCGAUCAUUUGCUGACCACGUAAAGGCCGAAGAGAAUUUCCAGAUUCUUGAUCAAUUAAAGGAUGCUAAUAUCUGGAAGAUUUUGAAAAAUCUUGUUGAUCCAAAUACUAGCCUCCAUCAAGUUCGUGCCUACCGGGAUGAUUUGCUUAAAAUACUUGGCGAGAAACAUCGUCUCUAUGAAUUUCUGAACACCUUCUCCUUGAAGUGCUCCUAUUUGGUUUUCAACAAGGAGCAUGUAAAAGCAAUUCUUGUAGAAACUGUAGCUCAAAAAUCUGCUCAGAAUACUCAGCGUACACAAUCUUGCAUGAAUAUUUUGGUGAUAAUUUCUUGUUUCUGUCCAUUGCUUCUUAGUGGAAGUGAGGAGGAGCUUUUAAAUUUACUGAAGGAUGAUAAUGAUAUGAUUAAAGAGGGUGUGUUGAAUGUUUUAGCCAAGGCUGGUGGUACUAUUCGUGAGCAACUUGCCGUCACGUCAAGUUCGGUAGACCUUAUUUUGGAGAAAUUAUGUUUACAAGGCAGUCGGAGACAAGCAAAGUAUGCUGUUCAUGCACUGGCUGCAAUAACGAAGGAUGAUGGACUCAAAUCUCUUUCUGUUCUAUACAAGAAACUUGUACAUAUGCUGCUGGAAGAGAAAACACAUCUGCCUUCAGUACUGCAGUCUCUCGGGUGUAUAGCACAGACUGCAAUGCCUGUCUUCGAAACUAGAGAGAGUGAGAUUGAAGAAUUUAUAACAAACAAGAUUCUUAAAAGCGAUAGUAAGGAGCAAGAUCACACAAAAGCAUUUUGGGAUAAUAAAAGUGAUCUUUGUAUGUUGAAGAUAUAUGGCAUUAAAACCUUAGUAAACAGCUACCUACCUGUCAAAGAUGCUCAUCUUCGUCCUGAUAUUGACAGUCUUCUAGAUAUACUUAGGAACAUGCUAUCUUAUGGGGAAAUAUCAAAAGAAAUACAGUCAAGUUCAAUUGAUAAGGCCCAUUUGAGGCUUGCUUCCGCAAAGGCAGUUCUUCGUCUGUCAAGGCUUUGGGAUCAGAAGAUACCUGUUGAUAUUUUUCACUUAACUUUAAGGGCAUCUAUGAUCAGCUUUCCUCAAGCUAAGAAGAUUUUCUUAAGCAAAGUUCACCAAUAUAUUAAAGACCGCCUUUUGGAUGCCAAAUAUGCUUGUGCAUUCUUAUUCAACAUGUUUGGAUCCAAGCCAGAGGAAUUUGCAGAGGACAAACAGAACCUGGCAGACAUUAUUCAAAUGCACUACCAAGUGAAGGCACGGCAAAUAUCUAUGCAAUCAGAUGCUAAUUCAUUGACUACGUACCCUGAAUACAUCCUUCCUUACCUAGUUCAUGCACUUGCUCAUAAUUCAUGUCCUGAUGUUGAUGAGUGCAAGGAUGUUGGAGCAUAUGAUAAUAUAUACCGGCAGUUGCACUUAAUACUGUCAAUGUUACUGCAAAGAGAUGAAGGUACCAAGUCGGAAGUAACUACUAAUAAAGAGAAGGAAAUCAUAUCCACUAUCACUUCGAUCUUCCAGAGUGUCAAGCAUUCUCAAGAUAUGGUUGACAUAUCAAAGACAAAGAAUUCUCAUGCAAUAUGUGACAUUGGGUUAGAAAUAAUAAAACAACUAGUGCAGAAGGAUGUUGAUUUGCAAGAAUUGUCUCAUUUGGUGUCCCUACCUCCAACACUGUACAAAGCAUCUGAGAAGAAGGAAGGAGAUGGCACUAUGAUUAGUGAUGUGAAAAGCUGGUUGGCUGAUGAAACUGUCUUUGCUCAUUUUGAAUCUCUUGAACCGGAAAUGGUCCCAUCCCAAUUAGCUGAGGAUGAUGCUUCAAAGGAUGGUGAAGACGAAAAUGAAAUACCUCUGGGAAUGAUGUUAAAGCACAUAAAAUCUCUGGGAAUCAGUGGCAAAAAGGUGAAAAAGAAUAAGUCUCUGCCAGCUGAAACAAAAAUGGCUGAAAAUGACUAUGAUAUCUUGAAUGUGGUCCGAAAAAUUAACUUGGACAGCUUGGGGGCAUCUGCUAAUUUUGAAGUGAGUAAUGGUCAUGACCAUGCUUUGAGUAAGAAAGGACUGAAGGAUCCAGAGCAUGCUACAGGUGUAAAAAGAAAAACUGAAGAAACAGCACCUAUUCCUGUGCCUAAACAUAGGAGGUCUUCCUCUUCUAAUGGAAAAUUGAGAUUAUCAACUAGUACAUUAAAGGCAUCUCGAAGAACUUCAGGAGAAUACUCCCAUGGAGCCAGAUCACUGUUGGAUGCAGAAGUUAGCCCUGAUACAGAUAACAAAAAUAUGCAGAGAAUAAUGGUCGAAGACUUGUUAUUGUCCUCGUUAAAACAGAAAGUUAAGGGCUCUGAAACUGAAAGUCAUAAUGCUGAGUCGAAUGAUCAUGAUGAACAUGACAUGAAGAGUCCUGAUAAUUUAAGACAACGUGAUAAGACUGCAAGUAAUAAUUCAAAGUCAUCCAUUACUAAAAAGUCGAAAAGAAAAAAUAUUGCGGGGUUGACUAAGUGCACGACAAGGGAAAGUGAAAUUGAUACUGAAGAUCUAAUUGGUUGCAGAAUUAAAGUUUGGUGGCGAAAGGAUAAGAAAUUUUAUCUAGGCACUAUUAAGUCAUAUGACCCUUUAAAAGGAAAGCAUGUGAUGUUAUAUGAUGAUGGAGAUGUAGAAAUACUCCGCUUGGAAAAGGAGCGCUGGGAGCUUAUUGACAAAGGCCGCAAAUCUUCUAAGAAGACAAAAAUCUCUUCGCUUGAAAAUUCUGGACAAAAACAUAAAGGUUCAAGUCGCUCAAGUAAAAAGACAAAAAAAUUAGUUAAUGGCAAUCAAUCUUCAAGCAAACUUGUAAAUGGUGGAAACAAUCAUGUAUCAAGAAGUAAUUUGCAUCAAGAAGAUGCCGGGGAGACUUCUGGGAUAUCAAAUCCCGAAGAGACCAUAAAGUUUAGAGCUGAUGAGAGUAACUCAGAAGAGGAACUAGCUGGAGGGUCUGACGAAAUCACAACAAAGGGGAAGAUAUCUAGCAAGAAAGUAAGACCAAUUUCCAGAAUAAAGAGGCUCAAGAGAAGUAAGAGCUUUCAUUUUAUGGAAGAAUCAGAUGAAGAGAAGCAGGAUUAUGCUGAAACGAUUUCUGAAGAUAGAGAGAGCAUCCCACAAUAUAGUUCGGCAGAGAGGGAAGUGCAUGAAUCAAGUGGAGCUUCAAGGGAAAAUGUUAAUAGAGAAGGAGAAGCAGAUUCUGAAGGGCGUCAGGAUAACAGCGACGUGGAGGGUAGUCCUGCAGAAAUGGAAAAAUCUCUUGUAGAACCAUCAAGUAAUCCUAAUGAUAUCAGGAUUGAUAUCAAGAUAGCUGAUAUUUCUGAUGAUGUGCCUCUGAGCAAAUGGAAGCAUCGGAUGGGGAAGAAGAAAAGUUCAGGGAAAACGCGGUGAGCAGUUUAGCAGUUGCAGCUAGCUCUAGUCUGUCAAAAUUGUUGCAGAGGUGGUGCUGUGGUAGUGCUUAUUUGUUCUCUUCAGCACUAGUACAGGUGUUAGCGCGAAUGAAGAUAUGCAAAUGAAGAUGGCUGCCAAAUUGGACAUCUUUAGUCAUUAACACACUAAUAAAUAUGAAUCACAUGCCUUGUAGUCUCUACCUGUAGAAUGUAAAGUAGCACAAGUCAUUCCCAUGUUUAGAAAAAAACAUUUGAAGGUGCUUCUGGGUUCUUCAGGGUUAUGUUCCUGCUAAAAUGACCUUUUAUUAGUCCAGGUGAUAGGUUUUACAUGAAGGAGUGGCAUUAGCAUUCCAACACAGAUGAGAUAUAGUUGACAAUGGCAAUCAACAAUGUGUACAGCUUAUAUGUGGGGAUAAUUGCAUUUGUUUCUUCAGCAUAUUUUAAACA